AUGAUACAGGAUCUAGCAGAGUUUGAGAGAUUUAACACAAAUGAUACAGGAUCUGACAGUAUAGGGAAUAGCAACACAAAUGAUACAGGAUCUGGCAGUGUAGGAGAGAGUAACACAAAUGAUACAGGAUCUAGUAGAGUAGGGGAGAGUAACACAAAUGAUACAGGAUCUGACAGUAUAGGGAAUAGCAACACAAAUGAUACAGGAUCUGGCAGUGUAGGAGAGAGUAACACAAAUGAUACAGGAUCUAGCAGAGUAGGGGAGAGUAACACAAAUGAUACAGGAUCUGACAGUAUAGGGAAUAGUAACACAAAUGAUACAGGAUCUGGCAGUGUAGGAGAGAGUAACACAAAUGAUACAGGAUCUAGCAGAGUAGGGGAGAGUAACACAAAUGAUACAGGAUCUGACAGUAUAGGGAAUAGUAACACAAAUGAUACAGGAUCUGGCAGUGUAGGAGAGAGUAACACAAAUGAUACAGGAUCUAGUAGAGUAGGGGAGAGUAACACAAAUGAUACAGGAUCUGACAGUAUAGGGAAUAGCAACACAAAUGAUACAGGAUCUGGCAGUGUAGGAGAGAGUAACACAAAUGAUACAGGAUCUAGCAGAGUAGGGGAGAGUAACACAAAUGAUACAGGAUCUGACAGUAUAGGGAAUAGUAACACAAAUGAUACAGGAUCUGGCAGUGUAGGAGAGAGUAACACAAAUGAUACAGGAUCUAGCAGAGUAGGGGAGAGUAACACAAAUGAUACAGGAUCUGACAGUAUAGGGAAUAGCAACACAAAUGAUACAGGAUCUGGCAGUGUAGGAGAGAGUAACACAAAUGAUACAGGAUCUAGCAGAGUAGGGGAGAGUAACACAAAUGAUACAGGAUCUGACAGUAUAGGGAAUAGUAACACAAAUUAUACAGGAUCUGGCAGUGUAGGAGAGAGCAGCACAAAUGAUACAGGAUCUAGCAGAGUAGGGGAGAGUAACACAAAUGAUACAGGAUGUGGCAGUGUAGGGGAGAGUAACACAAAUGAUACAAGAUCUGGCAGUGUAGGGGAGAGUAACACAAAAUAUACAGGAUCUGUGCCACAAAACUACUGGAGAUAA